AUGUCCUCCGAUCUCUCCCUCCCCACGGCUGCCCUACAUUCCGAUGCCUCACAGGGGCACGAGAUCGUUGCCUCCUCACCCGCAAUCCCUGUGAUUCCUCCCAAGAACCGGUUUCACAGCUUGCCGUCACAUCGUCGGGCAAACACAGAAUAUAUUGCUCGUCCCCCUAUUUUCGAAGAGGACUUCGAUUCAUCCAACGAAGAGACAAGUCGGACAACCCCCUUGUGGACUGGUACAUUCCCCAAAAAGAAGUUCGAAGCAAGAGCCCGUGUUCUGUCAGAUUGGUUCCAAGGCAAGUCAGAACCGGUCGAUUUGGGAAUUAAAAUGCGUCCUGAAGGCGAGAUGGACAGGCCUGCUAUGGGGUCCCCGCGUCUGACGGCUAUGACACAUACUCGAAAGGGUUCAGCCCCAGCGACGGGUCGAUUCAACUUCUUUGGGCUCCGUCGACAGGAAGAGCAAAAGCCCAACCCCCCAGAGCCAGCAGAUGACGAGUUCCUCAAUCUCGAUAUUGCCGCAGCCCUUUCCUUGCCUAAUUCCGAUGCCAGCGACGAUGAAGCCCUCGAUUCCCUCCGUGCACAGGCCACAGAUGUACUGCAACGCAUGCAGGAUGCAUAUAAACAAAGAACAUUUGUUAUGCAUCAAGCCAUGGUAGACAGGAGCGAGAAACAGGAGGAAUUGGAAGAGACUCGGGCGCGGGUGGAUCAUCUAAAAGUUCAGCUGGAUGGCAUGGCCGCUAAAGUGUCAAGCCAAGAGAAAGCCAUGCAGGCCAUGGCUGAAGAGCUCGAGCAGGAGAGGCAUCUGCGACAACAAGAGGAGAACCGUACCCGCAGCCAUACUGUGCGCGCGAUUGCUCCCGAUGAGGACAUCCCGUCGCUGGUACUACAGACUCCCCACCGCGGUGGCAAACGUACCAGCCAUGGGACCUUUGCUAGCGACUCCGGCUUCGAGUCUGGAGAUGAGAGCGUCGCGGACAGUGUCUUCUCUCAUCGGGAGGGAGUUGAGUCACCAACAUCCACACUCACCGCACCGUCACCCAAUAUAUCUCAGGUUGCCUUGUCUACACCGACACCGAUGCCAACCAUCCAAAAGAAUCUCGUUGCAGCUACGAAUACGCCCACACCAAAGGCUUCAUCCGCAUAUGAUCGAGUUCUGAAGGGCUUCGCCUCCACGCGCCUGGGAAGCUCGUUCGUAGGUAACUCCAAUCAGAACCAAUGCGAUAUCUGUUUUGGAAUCCCUUCCCAUGAAGCCUGGAGCGUGAUGGGUGUGCUGAAAGAUGAAAACCGCGGUCUCAAGACUCGAGUUGGCGAGUUGGAGGUGGUGAUCGAUGAUUGCCUUGGUCUUGUUGGACCCUAA